AUAUAAACAAUAAACGGUCAAAAGUACCUGAAAAAACAAGAAAGCAGAACCUUGCGUGCAAAAUUCAAUGAGAAAGAGGCACAAAAAGGAUGUGCAGUGCCCCUUCUGCUUUUCUCAAGGAACUAUUCUUCCCUUUCCCUGCCUUUCUUCAAUCUCUAUUCUUAUAAAUUCCCUUUCAUGGUGUCUGCAACUGCAACCCACCAUGGAUAAAACUACUCACCAUUGUCUAUCCUGCUCCUCCUUGGACAUGAUCCUCCAUCACAUCCAUGAACUCUCCAGGGUCGGUUUUUUCACUUCCCACCGUCUUAUUGCAGUAAUUGGAGUAGGGCUGGUGCUUCUGUUUCUUGUACACAGAAGAAGAUCAGCUGUAUACUUGCUAGACUUUGCCUGCUACCGGGCGCCAGAUUCUUACCGUGCACCGCUCCACUCCCUGGUGGAGAACUGCUCUUACGAUUUCGACUCCAAGAGCCUUGCUUUCACAAUCAAGAUAUUAGGGAAAUCAGGAAUCGGUCCAGAAACCUAUGGCGCUCCUUGCAUGGCUCAAGUUCCCAUAAGAAGAUCGAUUGCGUUUUGCAUGGACGAAGCAUCAGAGGUGAUUUUCUCCACUGUGGUCAAGUUGCUGAAGAAGUGCAAUAUUAACCCGAAAAGCAUAGACAUACUUAUCACCAAUUGUACAAUAUUCUGUCCGAUACCAUCUCUCAGUGCUAUGAUAGUUAACAAGUUCAGAAUGAGGAGCAAUAUCAAGAGUUUUCACCUCUCCGGUAUGGGCUGCAGUGCCGGAAUUACAUCAGUUGGUCUGGCUAAGGACUUGUUGCGUGUUCACCGGAAUUGCUUGGCUCUGAUUGUCAGCACGGAGUGUCUGAAUGUAAACUGGUACAGUGGCAAGAACACCUCCAUGCUUCUCCCCAACUGUCUCUUCCGGAUGGGGGGAGCGGCUGUUCUGCUAUCAAGCCGGGACCAAGACCAUAGCCAGGCGAAGUACAAGCUUCAACACCUGGUUCGGACAAACAGAGCUUCGGAUGAUCAGUCCUACACCUGCAUAUUUCAAGAUGUUGAUUCUGAAAACAAAGAUGGGGUAUCAAUAUCAAAGAAUAUACUACAUGUAGCAGGGGAUGCAUUGAAAGCAAACCUUACCUCCCUAGGGCCAAUGGUUCUGCCACUCUCAGAGAAGUUUCGGUAUGGAUUCUCCAUUGUCUGCCGGCAGAUUGUUCCAAAGGGGACCAUCCACACGCCAGAUUUCAGGAAAGCUUUUCAACAUUUUUGCAUACAUUCAGGAGGGAAGGGUAUAAUUCAAGCGGUAGAGAAGAACCUGAAGUUGAGGGAAGAGGAUGUUGAGGCUUCUAAGAUGACCCUGUAUAGAUUUGGAAAUACUUCCUCUUCUUCCAUCUGGUAUGAGCUAUCUUACAUAGAAGCAAAAGGGAGAAUGAAAAGAGGAGACAAGGUAUGGCAGCUUGCUCUCGGAAGUGGGUUCAAAUGCAAUAGUGCAGUUUGGAAAUGUCUGCACAACAUAGGGUUGGACUCCCUAAACGCCUGGAAUGAUAGGAUACAUUUAUAUCCCGUAGAAAUACCUGAUAAUGUUGAAAUCCUUCAAACUUAGUACAACUACAAUUGUAUAUCUUGGGGAUCACCAGCAUAAUGGUAACACAAGGGUUUGAUACCCUGCUUCUUUUACAUAUAUAAUACACAGCAUGCUACUAA